AACCGGAGGAGCCAUUCCGAGAUUUACAAUUACACGAAAAAAAAAAACCCAAACCUUGCUUUUCUCUCUCCCCUUCGUCUCUUUCUCUCUCUUAGUUCUGCAAAUUUAGCUUCCUGCGCCGGAAAAUAUCGGGUCGCGAUCGGAAUUAUCGACAGGUGAUUUUUCCGGGAACGGAUUCGCGGAGUUUGACGGCGAGGUAAGAUUCCGGAAAAAGAUCUUCCUUGGCCGUUUCAUUGUUGGUUUGUUUGUUGUGUGUAAUUUGAUUUGCUUUUCGAGAGUUGGUUUGUCUAAGGUUCAGAUCUGGUAGAUUUUGUUUGCCUUGUGGAAUUAGGGUUUUCGGGUUGGGAUCAAAUUAUUGAGAAUUGAGGUGAUGGAAGCAGGAUUUUGAGAAUUUUAAGGGGAUGGAAGAAGGUGUAAGAUCUGGAGGGUCUUCGGGGGUUGUGGUGAAGAACAGAAACUCUUCGGGUUGUUUGAUUGUGAGAAGGAAAGGAGAUGGAUUGGUUGGUGGUGGGGGUGGCGGCGUUGGUUCAUCGAGUUCUAGGAAGUCUUUCAAUUCAAAGAAAGGUAAGAAGAGACAAAGAUUGCCUUUGAGUGAUUCUGGGUCUAGCGAUGAGCUACUGGCACCCCCUCGUAGAAGGGUAGGACCUGAAACUAUCCGGGUCUGCAAUGAUUUAACUGCUUUUGGAAAGGGCGCUGUUCAAGAAAGCGAAUUUGGUAGGAAGAGGGAGAGGUUGGAGCGUAUUCAGCAUAGUGAGGAUGGCUUUAUGGGUGGAAAUGGUUUUGAUGAGGGUGAAAGAAAGAGAGGUAAGCUGGAUGUGUUUGACUUUAAUGAAUAUGAUAGCAUGGACGGGGAAAUGAUGCCUAGUAGUCUGUAUGAUGAUGGCAUCGGUUUUGGGGGAAGAAGGUUUGUGGGGUCAAUGCACAUGGCUCGGAGUGGUUCUGAAAGGGAAUAUGAAACUGGAUCAAGCAGACGUGUGGUUGACAAGAGAAAGAGUUCAUACUUCGAAAGAAUAAGCAGCCGGGGAAAUCAUCCUGGUAAGGGUAGAUUUGAGAUCAAUCGGGAUGAUGCCCAGGUAAACUUGUUGAGAGACAAUUUCACUGGUCAUCCAGAUCAAGCCAUUAGGCUUCAAGGGAAAAAUGGAGUUUUAAAGGUGAUGGUGAACAAGAAAAAGCAUAUAGGUGGAUCACUAGAUAACUAUAAUUUUCACAAAGCGGAGGAACGCAUAAAAGUAAGGAUAGAAGAUACUUCUAUGAAGAAUGUUUUAUCUCCCCCAUUUUACUCAGAAGAAAAGAUUCUUGAGAAGCCAAGUUCAGUUGUCAGGUUAGAGAAAAAGUCUACGAAUUCAAGAAAAUCAUUACCAACUAAAAUGACAAAGAAAUCCAAUUGGGAUUCAGAGGAUAGUGAUACUUCCUUGAAGUCAGAACCAGAGACCGUGACAACUAAUAAAUCCAUGAAGAGGGUGAGUUGUGAAGGUGAAGAUGCUCCUUCAUGUGAAAAGUUACAUUCAAGCAAGAUUAAAGAUGGAAAAGUUAGACGUGGCAGUGGCACGGAGAAGCAAAAGUUGCGUGAACGGAUAAGGGGGUUGCUUGUGGAAGCUGGUUGGACAAUAGAUUAUAGGCCUAGAAGGAACAGAGAUUAUCUAGACGCUGUUUAUAUUAACCCAUCAGGAACAGCUUAUUGGUCCAUCAUCAAGGCCUAUGACGCACUUCAAAAGCAGUUAAAUGAUGAGGACAAUGAGAUUAAACCCAGCUGUGAUGGUAUUGAACUUAUACCUGAUGAGGACCUCUGUCAGUUGACAAGAAAAACUAGGAAGAAGAUGGAGAAGGAAAUGGAGAAGGAAAUGAAAAAGAAGCAAAGGGAUGGAAGCGACAGUGAGAAUGCAAAAGAAAUCCGUGUCAAAAGAUGUACAAAUACGAAGCAAGAUUCAGAAAGCAUGGAAAGCAUUAGUCAUGACGAGAAACUAAGCUCGUUCUUAAAGCAGGGUGGCAGAUCAUUUAAGAAUAGAAUGAAUGAGAAUGGUUUGGUAAGUGUGAACUCAAAUGGUCAGAAUUCUUCUCAUCAUUUGCAAGAUACUGGUGAAAAACUGGCCUCAGGAUCCACUUCUAGUACGCUGCAUGGAAGAAAAAGCAGAAAACUUGGAAGAUGUACUUUGUUGGUUCGUAACAAGGGGCUAAAUUCAGAGACAGAUGGUUUUGUUCCAUAUACUGGAAAAAGGACUUUGCUUUCCUGGCUGAUUGACUCAGGAACUGUGCAGCUGAGCCAAAAAGUGCAGUACAAGAACCGCCGAAGAACACGAGUAAUGCUUGAGGGCUGGAUUACAAGAGAUGGAAUUCAUUGUGGUUGCUGUAGUAAAAUUCUCACCAUUUCGAAAUUUGAGAUUCAUGCUGGAAGCAAACUGCGUCAGCCAUAUCAAAACAUAUUCUUGGACUCUGGUGUUUCUCUUCUGCAAUGCCAGAUGGAUGCGUGGAAUAGUCAAGAGGACUCGGAAAAUAUUGGUUUCCACUCUGUAGAUGUUGAUGGUGAUGAUCCCAAUGACGACACUUGUGGUAUCUGUGGAGAUGGUGGGGAUUUGAUAUGUUGUGAUGGUUGCCCAUCAACUUUUCAUCAAAGCUGCUUGGGUAUACAGAUGCUUCCCCCUGGGGAUUGGCACUGUCCAAAUUGUACGUGCAAAUUUUGCGGGAUUGCCAGUGAGAAUGUCACUGAUGAGGAUGAUAUGACUCCUUCGAUGCCCUUUACAUGCAGUCUCUGUGAGAAAAAAUGUCACAAAUCCUGUGCUUCAGAUAUUGACGUCAGCUAUGUCGAUUCCAAUAGUAUGGGCUCAUCUUUUUGUGGGCAGAAAUGUAAAGAGCUCUUUGAGCAUUUACAGAAGUAUAUCGGGGUCAAACAUGAUUUGGAAGGGGGAUUUUCUUGGUCUUUCAUUCGUAGAAUAGAUGAAGACUCCGAUUUCGCUCAUCGAGGGGUUCCUCAGAGAGUUGAGGGCAAUUCAAAGCUCGCUGUUGCUAUGACUGUUAUGGAUGAGUGUUUUUUGCCCAUUGUUGAUCGGAGAAGUGGGAUUAAUUUAAUUCGUAAUGUUCUUUACAACUGUGGUUCAAACUUUAAUAGAAUAAACUAUGGUGGCUUCUACACUGCUAUUUUGGAGAGGGGUGAUGAAUUAAUUUGCGCUGCAUCUCUCAGGUUCCACGGGACUAAGUUAGCAGAGAUGCCAUUCAUUGGAACUCGCCAUAUAUAUAGGCGUCAAGGGAUGUGCCGUCGGCUUUUCUGUGCCAUUGAAUCGGCUCUCUGUUCUCUCAAGGUUGAGAAAUUGAUUAUCCCUGCAAUUUCUGAACUCACACAUACAUGGACAGUGGCUUUUGGUUUCACUCCUCUGGAGGAAGCACUCAAACGAGAAAUGAGAUCAAUAAAUAUGUUGGUUUUCCCUGGGAUAGACAUGCUACAAAAGCUUCUUGGGGAGCAAGAACAUGAGGCUUUCAUGACUACCAGUAAAGGUAUGAAGCAAAGAGAAUGCAAAGGCAAACCGAGUAUAAAGCAGGAGGUGGCUGUUAAAUCAGAUAUUGAUUCUUCAACAAAGAGUGAUCCUCAUGGUGGCGAUGAUACAGAUUUGCAUCAUUCUAAUGACACAACUGAGGAAGUUGCUGGUGUGGAAUCUGGUUCCCAUUGUGUGGAUGUGUCUGUUGAUACUCCUUUGCUGAGUGGUUCGUUAAAUGCUUCUCCUGAACAUGAGAAUCCAGAUCCUAUUGAAGAGACCACAUGUUCUGACUCUCCUUCAGAGGCCAAAAUAUGUGGAGCUACAUCUGACUCCAAAAGUCCCUCUAAACCGAGUCAUGAUGCUUUAGAGAUGGAAAAUAAACCUGUAUCAGCUCUUCUUGAAAAUAACACCGUCUCUUUAUCCCAAAGUCCAGAUGUUUCUUUAAAUGAAACUUCUUUGAUGAGCAGUUCCAUUGAAGCUUCCUGUGAACUUAAAACUCAAGUUUCGCACGAGGGGACUAUGCUGUCUGAAUCUCAUUUGGGGGCCAAAUGUGAUUCAGAAAGUCAAUGCCUGUCUCCCCCUGACAGCGGUGUUCUGUUUAAGGAAGCUAAUCAAUUGGAUUCUUCUCUCAAAGAUAAUACAGAGUCUUUGAACGAAGAUGGUAUGGAUGAUUCCCAUGAAAAGAAUAACGAGAAUGCCUGUCUUGUACCUGCUUCCUUCUCAGGAGAAAUCAUAGCCGAGAAUGCUUCUGAGGAAGUCCUGGAAAAUCCAGACAUCCCCAUCUCUAGUUUUAAUGGCUCUAAUGAGAGUUCCCUGCUGAUUAAAUCUGAUUUGGAUCAUCAAAUUGAUUGUGAUAAUGGAAAAGCUCCGGAAGGUGCUUCUGAUGCAAUGAAUUGUGAGUAAAGUAUUUUCCAUUGCAUUCUGUGGUAGUUACAGAGCUAAUGAACUUGAAGGAUCAUCUGAAUCUGCUUCAAUGUAUUUGACUUCAACUCCUUUGCCGAGCUCAUCUUUGCCAAUCCUUGCUCAUCGUCACUGAACACAGAACAUUUCAUUCAGUCAACGGUUUUCAGGGUCUUGGUGCUAUAAUGUCAGAUGACUCGCUUCAAAUUUUAUGAAUAGGUAGUCAUUCUUGGGGAAUUCAUUCACCCCCUUAGCCUAUUUCUCGUAAAACACAAUGAUCCUGAAGACAAUAUCUUUUCCUUCUGAGUUCAAGUUUCAAAAUGUGCUUCUGAUGAUGCCAGUUAAGUGGAAGGUGGAUUUGCUGCUGGGGAUACUAAGCAAGCAUGUGGGAGCUUAAUCUGUUAGGCCAGUCCUAGUCUGAAUUUGCUGAAUGUCGAAGUUCAAAUUUCUUCUUUAAUGUCUUGUCUGCUCACAAGUCACAAUGAGUAGUUUGUAAGAAGGUUUUAGAGGUAAUCCUGACCUUUGUUACUGCAUCAGCGCAGCAAAGAGAAUUCUCAUGAAAAUCGAUUGUGAUUGCCAUACUUUCUUGGAAGCCACAAGAAGUGAUUUCUUCAAUGGUACUGUGUCAAGUAGCUAAGUUUCAAGAAUUUAGUAAAAAAUUGUGAAAUUUUAUGUUUGGCCAUUUGAAUACUUCUUAAGCUCAGGUCAGAGUUUCAAAAUUUUGUAAUUGGGUACUAAGAUCUGAAUAGGGAUUCUUCAAUUGAAGAAGUUCCUUCAUGCAUGAUUGUUAUUAUUAUUUAUAUAUAUAUUUUUUUUGCA